UAUACAGCAUCCUCACACUACUCACAGCAAUACUACACCGAGUAACAUUUAAUCGAAGAUGUCAAUCCCAUUACCUGUUCGUUUAUUCCAUGGUGGGUGGAAGCGUGGUGAAGAUGGCCAUUGGACCUUUCAUAGGAAGCCAAGCGACCUUGGUUAUACUGUUAUGGUCAAACUAAAUGAGAAGUUGGAAGAUUUGGAGAAUAAUAUCCGUGGUCGUUAUAACCUCACUGAUGACAUACCCCUAGCGCUUGCAUACCACCCACCAAUGUGGAUGCUUGAGCCAGAGGGAACUAGGCGCCCACCAACCACCCUUACGUCCACCGAUACCGUUGCAGCAAUGAUGGGUAUUCGGUCUUGGUUUGCAGAACUUGUCCUCUGCGUUUGCUCCGGAGCACAAGAUGUUGCUUAUUAUCAGUUUCUUUGCGGAACAACUCUCUCGGUUGGGGGAGCAGUUUUUGUCUUCUCCGGUCACAAUGACAAAGAAAUUGUUGCAAGUAAGGAAAUUCUUGAAGAAGUUUUUAACGAGGAAGAAAGGAUUGCGAUAUACAGGAGCCAUUAUGAACUAGAGAAGGCUAAGCAGGAGGCUAGACAGAAUGGUUCUUAUUCAGCUGGUGGAACAAGUGGAGUCAACAAUGAAGAUGGUGCUCAGGCUCCAAGUGACUCGGAGUAGUGAAUGGAGGAGGUGCUGUGGUCGCCGUAAAAGUGACGACGAAUAAGGCUAUGCGGUUGUUCUAUAUUUCAAGCUUUCAAGUGUGAUGUGUAAUAUUAUCUAAAUAAUCGAAGUCAAUGUUAGGCUUCACGCUUUUAUGCGUUUGUAAAAUAUGCGUUUAUUUUCUGUUGUAUCAGUGGCACAAGUUGGGUAUGUCGACUUUAUCAUCUUUUCGAUGCAUGUGUAAUAUUAUAAAAAUUAAAAUAUGAUGUUUUACCGUC